CUUGUUUUGGUUUGGAAACCCAAAAUUCGGACUUCUGUGUAAAAAUUGGGAUUUUUUUUACAUUUCUUGACUAUUUCGGGUGCGAUAAGAACCAAUUCAAGUCGUUUGUAACUCCCGCCGUCGUUUUUAGCUGGAAAAGUAGCCCUCCCGACAGUGCAAACUGUGGAAAACUGCCGCGCAAAAAGACGAAGCUGAAAAAGGAUUCUUAAGUCUUGCCACGCCAAAAGAAAGCACAGAAAUCGAGAACCAUCGGGAACCGUUUCGAUAUCUACGAAGAUUACGGAUGUCCUUUUUAGCUACCAAGAGAACAAAAAAAUUGCCUUCAAUCGCCUCAACCGACAUCCGGAACAUUCCGGAAUUCAAAAUUCCACAACGGAUAUUCGCAAAAAAUAAGGAAUAGCCGAGGAAGAAGAGAAGCAACAGCGGUAUCUAAUUUCUAGACAACUCGGCAAUAAUAGCCGAGGCCACGAUUUACAUUGACCGAUUUAGCGCGUCCCACAUUCUGAACUUUUACCUCCUUUUUUCUGUUUGACUGAAGAUUGACGAUAUACAUACAGCCGACGGUGCGACGUCUGUCUACCUUUCUACGCUUUAUAUUAACAAUCCCAAUCAGAACCACAGGCAGAGUGCAGACAAGUGCAAUUAUGGCGUUGCUCCAGAAAGAUAUGCAACGGAAGGCUGACAGUGCUGGCGGCUUGAACGAUAGUAAACAUGACAAAUCCUGGUACGAUAUAACGAUGGAGGAGGAAGAGCAAAUGACUAAAACUACCGAACGGGAGACACGCAUGAAAGAAUCACAAAAGAGCAAAAAAGUGACCGCUACAACCAGCUCCAGCGAUUCCGACGAGCCAUCGACCGGUAUGUCUAACCGACAAAUCGAGAUCGAUUUUUUGGAUUCGGCAAAUGUGAAAAAGUACAAAAAGCUGGUGGAAAGUGAAAAAAUUAAAUCACCUUUCAAGCGGCGUCAUUCCGGAGAAGUGACCAGCGACGAUAGUGCCGAUGAGGAUAACGUACAGAUAGCGUUAAACAAAGAUGGCUCUGGAGCCGGUUUUGCUCCCAAUCGUGGCUCCGGUUUUUACGAUCGGCACAGUAUGUACUCGAAGAAGAGUAAGAAACACGAAGACGAUCACGGUAAUGGGGGAUUCCGUUUGCGGACUGAAAGUUCAAGUUCCUCCGGAGCGUCAAGCCAGAACAGUGGUCGCCGACAAAUACUGGAGUAUGAAACGGAUGAGGCGGUUCUUGCGCGUCGUCAGAAACAGAUCGAUUACGGCAAGAAUACACUCGGGUACACCAACUAUAUCGAGCAAGUGCCACGUGAUGAACGUACCAAAGAUCACCCAAGAACGCCACAGAAGCAUUUCAAGUACAGCCGACGAGGUUGGGAUGCCAUGAUCAAGAUUUGGCGUAAGCAGCUGCACUGCUUCGAUCCUAACAGCGCGUUGGAGAACAACAACGAAUGAACAAGCCAAAAGCAGCGUCGAAUAGAAUAGGCGGUACGGCUAGAUAGGCUAGUAUUUUUGAGAUCGUUUUUUUUCCCUUCUGUUCGUAUUUAUUAUAUCGUACUUCUUCGUGGCG